GACAUAAUUGGUUUCUCCGUGAUUAUUUAGUUAUUUAUGUUGAGUGUAUUGAGGUAUACAGGCGCGACAUUGCUGUAGCAGGAUGGGUGAGGGUGACGAUAUAGUCCGAGUGACGGUAAAAUGGAUGGGCAAGCAGUUUAACGAUCUUGAGCUAAAUCUUAGUGAGUCAUUGGAGUUGUUUCGUGUACAGCUCUUUUCUCUUACGGGUGUACCGCCUGAACGUCAGAAGCUUAUGUUUAAAGGGCUUCUGUCCGAUAGCAUUGAUCUCCGUAACACUGGUAUUUGCAAUGGUUCUAAGAUUAUGAUGAUCGGCAAUCCUGAAAAGGUUGUAGAAAAUGAAGCUCCCGUACGCUUUUACGAGUUUAUGACACCUCAGGAGAAAUCUGAGUUCCUCUCGGCUAAUAAGACACGAAGACUACCUUGUGGUAUAAUGAACUUGGGUAAUACUUGCUAUUUUAACUCUGUUUUUCAGUUUUUGCUUCCUGUAUCUGAAUUAUGGGAAUCCGUAGAUCUGCUACGUGCUAAAGACGCUACUGACUCUGACCAAGAUCAAUAUAAACUUGCUCUUUCAUUGGCUGAGAUGCGUCAUCAGUUACCAAAAUCAAUUUCUAAAUAUGUUCCUUUAGCACAGGUACAGCUGCUUCGUAAGGUGAAUCCUCUCUUUAGCCGCACUGACGAGAAGACGGGGCUUUAUAUGCAGCAAGACGCUGAGGAAUGCUUAAGUUGCAUUCUAAGUUGCAUCAAUGGUUUGAGCGAUUCUAAAUUAACCGAUGAUUACUUUGGUUAUACUCUAUCAACUGUUAUUCGUAGGAAAGACACCCCUGACGGUGUGGCAGCACCUCCCGUUGGUGACACAUUAAAGGAGCGCAGCAUAAAGUUGAAUUGUUAUAUGGGCACUCAGCUGACUUCUGUAUCUACACUUAUGGAUGGUAUAGCAUUGUCGCUGAAUGAAGAAUUGACGAAAUUCAGUUCUGAGGCGGGCUGCGACGUGAUUCAUGAGAAAGUUUCGAGGAUUUCUGAGCUUCCCAAGUACCUUAUUGUACACUUGGUUCGUUUUGAGUGGAAGCAAGAGAGUGACGUAUCAAAGACCAAUGCAGUGAAAGCAAAGGUGUGCCGUCGCGUCAACUUUGAGCGCGAGCUUGACAUAACAUCCAUAUGUUCUGAGGAGAUUAAACCGUUAGUUCUCGCUGGCAAUGCUAUGGCAAUGCGUAAGGACUUUAACCUAGAGCCAUCUGGUGAGCACGAAUCUUUUCAGGGUUACGAGUUGUACCCGGGAAAAUAUGCCACUGGUAAAUACCAGCUUGAAGCUAUUGUAACUCACCAGGGCAGAAGUGCUGAUGGAGGGCAUUAUGUUUGCUGGGCUAAGGAUCCGCGGGAGGACACAGAGGGCAGCAAUGACAAGAAUGAUCAGUGGUUGAUGUUCGACGACGACAAAGUCACUGAAUACCGUUGGGGUAAUUUCGAUCUCUGCGGUGGCAGAGGUGACUUUCACAUCGCAGUUUUGCUGCUCUAUAAAGCGCAGUACGUCAGCAUAGAGAAGGAGCCUUCAGUUGAGGGUGCUCCAGAGGCUUGAGAUGCCCUCGCGACACUUCGCGUCGGCAGCGUGCCACUU